GCAGUGGGGCGGCGUGGGCAGGGGGCGGCCCUCCGGCCUGGAAACCUCUUCUGGUUCUCGGCCCGGCCCCGGCGCCCCCGCGAUCCUCUGACUUCCCCUGCCUGAUCCAGUGUUUCCCACUGCGGUGCGCGGGGGAAGCGGUACCGGCUCCCGUCCGACGCCGCUGGCAGGGCCGCCAGCCCCACUCCAGCCGCCGCGCAGGCGGGCGCGGGAGCCGCGGCCCCUCCGGAGCGGCAGGGGGCGCUGUGGGGCGCCGCUGCGCGCCCGCCGGGCGGGGGUUCCGCCGCCGGGAGCGGAGCUGAGGGGAGCCGGCCGGGACCGGGGCCGGGGCCGGGCCGCAGAUUUUGCCCUCCCCUCGUGCAUGCUUCUCCCCCUACGAUGGCUACUGGUGAAGAGAUACCCCCUGCCCUGCAGGACUCGUGGGGGGACUUCUGGCUCUUCCGUUUCUUUGUUAAUGCUGCUGGCUAUGCAAGUAUUGUGGUGCCGGGAUUCCUCCUCAUCCAGUACUUCAAGAGAAGGAAUUACCUGGAGACAGGCAGAGGCAUUUGCUUCCCUGUCAUCAAAUCAUGUGUGUUCGGCUCUGAGGUGAAGUCUGUACACCAGGAAGACGGCUCCCUACCACCUCGAGCAGAGCCCACAGAGUCCUCUACAGCCCGACAGGUCUUCAAGCUGCUCUGUUGUGCUGCUGGUCUACAGGCCUCCUACCUCACAUGGGGCGUCCUCCAGGAGCGUGUGAUGACAAGAACAUACGGUGCCACCGAAACAGACCCUGGUGAGAAGUUCAAGGACUCCCAGUUCUUGGUGUUCAUGAACCGCAUCCUGGCCUUCACAGUGGCUGGUCUGUACUGCGCCCUGACCAAGCAGCCGCGCCACGGGGCUCCUAUGUACAAAUACUCCUUUGCCUCCCUCUCCAACAUCCUCAGCAGCUGGUGCCAGUAUGAGGCACUCAAAUACAUCAGCUUCCCCACCCAAGUGCUAGCCAAGGCCUCUAAAGUGAUCCCAGUGAUGAUGAUGGGCAAACUGGUGUCACGCAAAAGUUAUGAGUACUGGGAAUACCUAACUGCUGCCCUCAUCUCCGUGGGGGUCAGCAUGUUCCUGCUCUCCAGUGCUCCCAACAGGCAUGCAUCUACUGUCACCACGUUCUCGGGCAUAGUCCUCCUGGCUGGCUACAUAAUCUUUGACAGCUUCACCUCCAACUGGCAGGAUGCCCUCUUCACCUAUAAGAUGUCUCCUGUGCAGAUGAUGUUUGGCGUCAAUGUCUUCUCUUGCCUUUUCACGGUGGGCUCACUCUUGGAGCAGGGUGCCUUGCUGGAGUCGGUACGCUUCAUGGCCCGCCACUCAGAGUUCACGGCCCAUGCCGUGCUGCUCUCUGUGUGCUCUGCCUGUGGCCAACUCUUCAUCUUCUACACCAUCAACCAGUUCGGGGCAGCCGUCUUCACCAUCAUCAUGACACUCCGCCAGGCCUUCGCCAUCCUCCUUUCCUGCCUCAUCUACGGGCACACUGUCACUGUCGUGGGUGGGCUGGGCGUAGCUGUUGUCUUCAUGGCCCUCUUCCUCCGCGUCUAUGCCCGCAGCCGCAUGAAGAAGCGCAGUAAGAAGCUCCCACCAGGCGAGACCCCCGUACAAAAGGUCUAAGGAGCUGGGACCAUGGCAUUUAAGCUGUGCCUGCUGUCCUGCCUCCAUGUGGGGGUACUUGCUUGAUUUCUCAGAACCCGCUGAAGAGCAGGGUGGGGUAUGGGUAGGCUGGACCAGUGACUCACCUGCUUUUCCUGGGGAAGGGGCUGGAACAAGCCCAUGGAAUGCUCUGGGCUGCCACAGCUCCAAACCUUUCCAUUUGCCUUAAUAGGUCAAAGACUUCUAGCCAAGGCAUGGGCCUGGGGGCAAACCAGCAUGGGUGGGUCUGCUGGUACUCCUGCCCCACCUCUGCCCCGUGGCUUCUCUCCAAAGUCACUGAUGAACAGGGGAGCUCUUUUCCCUGGCACUGUCUUGCCUCUGUCACUACUACAGAGCUCAGGAGGAGGAAGGUGCAAGCAAAACACUAGCUUUCUUUUUGAAACACCUCCAUGUGAGGCAAGUCCCAAGCUGAGCCUGUCCCAAGAAGGGGGGAGCCCUCAGCACCCCUCCUAGGAGGUGCUCCAGGUAAGACAGGCACAGCUAAGGGAAGGACUCCCAGCUCAUCCUACCCCAGACCUGGUAUCUGCUCCAGGAGGGCACUCUGCAGUGAAAGCAUCCCUGUUUGGUUUUAUCAGUUCAUUGCCCCUGCUCUGAGACACUUUGUUCCCUUUGGCCCGGGCUGAUUUUUAUGCAGACUGAGACUAGCUGUUACAGUUCCCAGUGCUUGCUGAGUUGUCCUAGCUUUUUGGUUACAUCUGCUGCUGUUACAGGCCAAAGGCUGCACUGCCCAAAAGCCAGCAUCACCUUGGGGUGUUUCAGUGCCAUUUCAUCAGGUUUCUGGACUUUGCAGUUGCCAUUCAGAGAAGCACAAAUAGCCCCUCUUCUUCCUGCUAACUGGAGGCUUUGGCCCAGGCUCUCCUGGGGUCUGGCCAGAGCCCCACUGUGUCUGAAGGGUCAAGAGGAGAGAUGGGGCAGAGCCCGCUUGCGGUGCCUUGUUCCUGCUCCACAGGCAGCAGGGGAUGGAGCGAGUGGGCAUCUGCUCUCCGGGCAAUAGGGGAUGGAGCAGUGAAAUCUGCUUUUCCCUGGGAGCCUGGGUUUUACUGGCCAACUCUUUUCUCAACACAACCUGACAGAAGCCAGGAGGUUUUGGUACUUUUAAAAGGCAACUUUUUUCUCUUUUUAUUUUAUUAAAUUAAAAAUAUGCUGCACAUAUUGCCCUGGA